AACAAACGUCUCGGUUUGGCACGGCGAGCCCACCACCAGCGUCUUCCCUCCUCCUCUCCCCUCCCCGCGCUCGUGCCCCCUCGCCGCGUGCGCCUCCACAGCUCCACUUCUCCGGAAGACAGACGAGGCGACGAUCUCGCAGCCCACGCGGCCGCGCGCUAGCGUGCGACGCGGGGGAAGCUUCGGAACCGGCGGCCCCCGAUUCCACCCGGCUCGGCUCGGACCGCCGUUGUUGCACGCGCGUCUCCUCCGGCCGGCCGCGGCGGCGAGGGCGAGGCGGAGGGCGGCGAGAUGUGGGUGUUCUACCUGAUAUCGCUGCCCCUGACGCUGGGCAUGGUCACCGUCACGCUCCGCUACUUCGCCGGCCCGGGCGUGCCGCGCUACGUCAUCGCCACCGUCGGCUACGCCUGGUUCUGCUCCCUCUCGUUCAUCAUCCUCGUCCCUGCGGACAUCUGGACGACAUUAACUGGCCGUGAGAAGAGUGGCAUUGGAUUCUUUUGGAGUUGGUCAUAUUGGAGCACAUUUAUUCUAACAUGGGCUGUAGUACCUACUAUUCAAGGCUAUGAAGAUGCUGGAGAUUUCACUGUUAAAGAAAGGCUGAAGACUAGUGUUCACAUGAACCUUCUCUUUUAUUCAAUUGUGGGGGCCAUUGGCCUCUUUGGACUCAUACUGCUUCUAGUGAUGCAUAGAGCAUGGGAUGGUGGUAUUGUGGGCUUUGCUAUGGCAUGUUCAAAUACCUUUGGGCUGGUCACUGGUGCAUUCCUUCUUGGUUUUGGGUUGAGUGAAAUCCCACGAAACAUUUGGAAAAAUGCGGACUGGACUCACCGACAAAAAGUACUUUCUCAUAGAGUAGCAAAGAUGGCUCUCAAGCUUGAUAAUGCCCAUCAAGAAUAUUCAAAUGCAAUUGUUGUUGCUCAGGCCACUUCCAAUCAAAUGUCAAAGCGUGACCUUUUAAGGCCUUAUAUGGAUAUUAUUGACAAAAUGCUAUCUCAAAUGCUGCAGGAUGAUCCAUCUUUCAAGCCUUCCGGUGGAAGAUUAGGCGAAAAUGAUAUGGACUAUGAUACAGAUGAUAAAACAAUGGCUACACUUCGACGUCAACUUAGGAGGGCUCAUGAGGAGUACUACAGGUGUAAAAGUGAAUAUAUGACUUAUGUCAUGGAAGCCCUUGAACUAGAAGACACCAUUAAAAAUUAUGAACGACGUGAUGCAAAUGGAUGGAAAUUUGUGUCAAGUUUCAGGGAAAGUCGACCGGGCACACUGGGUUCCCUUUUGGACACUAUGGAGUUCAUUUGGCGCUGUGUUCUGAGGAAACAGCUCCAGAAAGGAUUUGCUAUUGUUCUUGGCUGUAUGUCAGCUGCUAUACUGCUGGCUGAAGCCACUUUGCUUCCAAGUGGUGUUGAUUUGUCCCUUUUUUCCAUUCUUAUAAAGUCUGUAGGAAAGCAGGAGGUUUUGGUUCAGGUUGCUGCAUUUGUCCCAUUGAUGUAUAUGUGCAUUUGCACUUAUUACUCACUAUUUCAGAUCGGGAUGUUAAUGUUUUAUUCUCUCACUCCGAGACAAACCAGUUCUGUCAGUUUGCUUAUGAUCUGCUCAAUGGUUGCAAGAUAUGCACCUCCUAUUUCUUAUAACUUCUUGAAUCUCAUUCGACUUGGUGGCGAUGCUAAAACUACUUUUGAGAAGAGAAUGGGAAACAUUGAUGAUGCAGUUCCUUUCUUUGGAAGAGGCUUCAACAGGAUAUAUCCAUUAUUUAUGGUUGUUUAUACACUAUUGGUUGCGAGCAACUUCUUUGGACGUGUGAUUAACUUUUUUGGAAGCUGGAAAAGGUUCAAAUUCCAGCGUGAGGAAGAGGAUAUGGAUGGUUUUGAUCCAUCUGGAGUGAUCAUUCUGCAGAAAGAGAGGUCUUGGAUUGAACAAGGAUGUAAAGUGGGGGAGCAGGUUAUCCCAUUGGCAAGAAAUUUCAAUAAUGUGAACACGGAUGUUGAAUCUGGAAAGGUUGAAAAUUCAAUGGAGAUGAAAUCAGGAGCUACUUCCUCUAGAGCUGACGGAAGAGUAGGUCAAUCCAAAUAUGCUAACAACAGAGAAACUAUUGCUACUAAGUAUUCAGCUAUUAGAGAACAGAGUAGACAGCCAGUGAAGCCGUUGAAAAAGGAAAUUUCGUCAACUUCUGUAUCUUUGCUUGAGGAAGGGAGUUCUGAACAACGGUCCAAUACUGGUGCACCAGUCAGCUCAUCAGCUGGAAUUUCGCAAACAUGGGCUACAAUGAAGAUCGGUUUUCAGAACUUCAAAGCUAAUAUGGGUUCCAAGAAGUUCAUUCCUUUGCGCCAAGAUCCAGGAUUUGCUCCACAUUCAAAUGUCUCUUCGCCUGAAUCACUUGAUGAAAUCUUCCAAAAAUUAAAACGGCGCCCUGCAGGUUUGCCUGUGGAUUACCUUGACGACGACGAUGAUGACAACACUGGUGACAUGGAUCUAAAUUUCCAGGAUCAAUGAUAUAGGUUAUGAUGAUAUUCUUUUAGAAGUUAGAAUGUGCAAGCUCAGAAAUCAAAACGAUUUGGUAGCAUUAGAUGCAGAACAGAAGAUACAGGAUGUAUAGAUUAGAUGGUGGUCUCGGUGGCCUUCGUGGAAGCUGGGCGCCUGCCCAUCUGGAAAGCUGCCAACACGAAAGCAUUAUAUGAUGACAGGUUCUGCCCUACAGGCGCAGCAGAUUCUCCCAGCCAGAGAUCAUGAGAGUACGGGACUUUCCUGCUUUACACAUACUGUUAACAUACUUUUUUUUUACUCUUCUGUGUCGGAGAGAAUGCAGUCGAGUCGAAGCUGACGCAUGUAAAAGUAUCUAAUGGCGGGUAGUAUAUCUUGAGAAAGUCUCAAUUAUAAUGUAUUAACUGAAAAAAGAAGUGCACAUAAGUGUUUUUGUGUGAUGGGAAUUCAAUUCUUUCUUUUUUUUUUCUAAGUUUUGCCCGUCAAUAUGACUUCAAUUCUUUCUUGUCUGUUGAAACAGCUCUUGUGCAUGCUCUCUUACUGCAGUGAUCGAAGGAACGCUUGCUUAUUG